AUGUGCUGCCUGAGCCCCCUCUAUGUCAACAAUAUUCCUAGCUCUUACAAAGGCCAGAGUUCAAGAGAAGCUUUCACAACUAUUCCUAAAACUCAUCAACUGGAAAGUACCAUCCAAAAUUCACAAAUACCACUCACCUGUAGCAUUGGACCUUUAGCAGCCCAGUCUCGAGAACUAAAGCACCCGUAUUUCUGGGGAUCCGACCCGAUUGGAAACAAACCAAAAGAGUGCAUCGACCAGACCUUACUCUAUAGGCUGUGGGUGUUCGCACACCCGACGGUUGUCAGAGGGAUCGACGACCAGGUGAUCAACGCGCUUUCCGACCCGACGCUAUCCGGGCUGGGAUGCUUCAAACUGAUGGUCUGCCAGUUAGAGAAGGACCAGCUCACGACGAGCGGUUUGACCUACGCGGAGAAGGUGAAGGAGAGCGGGUGGAAAGGUGAGAUUGAGGUAGUGGUGGUUGACGACGAAGACCAUUGCUUUCAUAUUUUCGAUCCUGAAACUGAGAAGGCCAAAGAUAUGAUAUGCCACAUCGCGAAUAUCAUUUCAAGGAUUUGCUUUAUGAUAUUGGUAUCCGGAGGUGGUGGUGGGCCGAGCUUCAUAGAGGUGGCCGGCACGGAGAUGUACGUUGGGACUAUUUUCAAAAUUUGGGAUUAUCGUCGUUGA